AUGGAGACGCUUGAAAAGGCAGUCCAGGAGACCGGGAUCGAGGUCGAUGAGGAUGCUCUACCCUCGCACGUAGCCACGGGAGGUGAUGUCGAAGAGCACGAAGUAGUGGCCGAAAAGGGAAAGGGGAAAGGAAAAGCAAAAGGGAAAGGAAAGGCGACCAGCGAGGAUGAGGAAGAGGCAGAACGAGAACGAGCGGUAGAGGCUGAACAGGCGGAAGUGGGCAAGAGUGGGCAGUCUGGAAGGGUCUCGCCCGAAGAGAGGCUGGCCAAGUUGAAAGAGUUGCGGAUGAGGAUGAACCAAUCCACGCAAGCCAACCGUAAAUCCCUGAUCGAGGAUCACCAGAAAUCCAAGACCACGCAACGAGAACUCGCCCGACUCACCAAGCAAAAGAAGCUCGCCGAGAAUCUCAGGGAAAAGAUCGACAACGAGGAGAACGGGGUAGAUGGGGAGCGCAAGAAGAAUUGGGGCUGGACGAUCGAGCAGAAUCAGAGGUGGUUAAAGGCCCAGGAGGAAAUCGCCGAAAAGGAGAAAGAGGAGUUUGACGACGCCGACACAAAUGCUCACAAACUAUACAACAAGAACACGCACCAGCUCAAGCCCGACCUGAUCGCCUAUAACCGUCAGAAAGAACUCGCCCUUGGUCUCGCUCCCGGUACGAUCGUACCCGUCGACGCCAAGUCUGUCGAAGGUUCCAGCGUCGUCACCAGUGUCAACGCCACAGGCAGUCGAAGGAAGAUCGUGCAGUCGAGCAAGGCUUUGAGCGCGAUGGAAGAUCUGUAUAGGGAUGCGAACACGUUGAGUUAUGGGGAUAACAAGGCGAGCGACGACGCCAUCGAUCGGGUCGUAGGCAAGAUCAACGCCGACACGGAUAAGCGGAACAAGGCCAUGCGCAAGCGAAAGAAGGGCGAAGAUGACGGCGGAGACGUCACUUAUAUCAACGAUGCCAACAAGGUGUUCAACAGGAAGAUCAAUCGGUACUUUGACAAGUACACCCAAGAGAUCCGAGCCAACUUUGAACGAGGGACGGCGUUAUAG